AUUGGACACAUAAAUCCCUCUGGGAUAGGGAGAGAGGAGUAAUAAGAGGAGCAUCUUCUCUCCUUUUUUAUUUCCUGUCGUCUUUUUUCCUUCUUCGCUUUCUCUGUUGCAGAGAUUCCAGAUGAGUCCUUCAUGGCAGAUGCCAAGACCUAGUAGUAAUCCUCGAAGAAUUUUGCUUUCUUAAUUGGAAAAGAUAAGCAUACUACAGGGUGAAGAUCAAUGUUUGAUUGUUUGAAUUAGUUCUUCUGAAUAUAAAGCUGUAGAAUAUUAGUAAUUUCUGGAGUGAGUUUGGUAGUCAAAGAAAAACUAAGAGCGAGGGGAGUGAAGUUGGUGAAGAACUUGAAUUGGGUUUAAGAGGGUUUGUUUGAGGCAGAGAUUUCUUAGUUGGUUAGAGUUUGAUUGUUAGGUCAUAGAUCAGGAAUGAUGGGGAUGCUUGAAGAAAUGGGUUUUUGUGGGAAUCUUGAUUUCUUUGCCCCUCCAGAAACUAUAGGGGAAGGAGAUCUGGCACCAGAAGCUGAACCGGAGGCCACUGUGGAGGAAGAUUAUACUGACGAAGAGAUGGAUGUGGAUGAGCUGGAGAGGAGGAUGUGGAGGGACCGAAUGCUCCUCAGGCGGCUUAAAGAACAGAACAAGGGCAAGGAGGGUGUUGAUACUGCAAAGCAGCGUCAGUCCCAAGAGCAGGCUCGAAGGAAGAAGAUGUCACGUGCACAAGAUGGGAUCCUGAAGUACAUGCUGAAGAUGAUGGAAGUUUGCAAAGCUCAAGGGUUUGUGUAUGGCAUCAUCCCAGAGAAGGGGAAACCUGUGAGUGGAGCGUCUGACAACCUUCGUGCUUGGUGGAAGGAGAAAGUCAGGUUUGAUCGCAAUGGUCCUGCAGCAGUCGCAAAGUAUCAGGCAGAUAAUGGUAUACCUGGCAAGAGUGAAGACUGUAAUGCAGUGGCUUGCACUCCUCACACCUUGCAGGAGCUUCAAGACACUACUCUUGGUUCACUCUUAUCAGCUCUCAUGCAGCAUUGUGACCCACCCCAGAGGCGAUUCCCCUUGGAGAAGGGUAUUGCUCCACCAUGGUGGCCCACUGGCAAUGAGGAGUGGUGGCCUCAAUUGGGUUUGCCAAAGGAUCAAGGUCCUCCGCCUUAUAAGAAACCUCAUGAUCUCAAGAAGGCAUGGAAGGUUAGUGUCCUGACUGCUGUGAUCAAGCACAUGUCACCUGACAUUGCCAAGAUCCGUAAGCUUGUGAGACAAUCCAAGUGCUUGCAGGACAAAAUGACUGCAAAGGAGAGUGCAACCUGGUUGGCCAUCAUUAACCAGGAAGAAGCCUUAUCCAGGAAGCUUCACCCCGAAAGUUGCCCUCCUGUUUCCUCAGCAGGUGGAUCUUUGGCCAUCAGUGACUGCAGUGAAUAUGAUGUUGAAGGAGUUGAGGAUGAUCCAAAUAUUGAAGUACAGGAGUGCAAGCCUCAUGAUGUCGAUCUAUUCAAUUUGGGGAUGGGAACAACAAAAGACAGGCUUAUGGUCCCACUGCCUGCUCCAAUAAAGGGUGAAAUAACCAACUCAGAUUUCACCAGGAAAAGGAAACCAACUGAUGAACAAGAAGUAAUGGUGGAUCGUAAAAUAUACACCUGUGAGAACCUUCAGUGUCCUUACAAUGAUUAUCGGCUUGGGUUUCUUGACAGGACUUCAAGGAACAAUCACCAGGCAAAUUGUCCCUAUAGAAAUGUCUCUACAGGAUUUGGAAUCUCUAACUUUCAGAUCACUGAGGAUAAACCAACAGUCUUUUCUCUACCAUUUGCUCAACCUAAGCCAGCUGCUCCACCAUUGAACCAAACUCAGCCGUCUUUCAACCUAUCAGGACUUGGAUUGACAGAAGAUGGCCAGAAAACUAUUGGUGAGCUUAUGUCAUUCUAUGAUAGUAAUCUUCAGCGAAACAAGGGCCCAAAUCCUGGAGGUGUUGUUCUUGGUGGUCAAAAUUCUGCACUGCAGCCAAAAAUUCAACUGGAGGAGAACAUCUAUGGCGAAGGGGCUUCAAUUGGGGGUAACAUGUUUGAAGAAAACAACAUGCCUAUGAAUCACCAAAUGUUCCACCGAGAAGAAAUCCAAUUUGAUCAAUGUAAGGUGUUUGAUGCACCACCCUAUGAGACAAAUAAUGGUGAUCUUACCUCUGAUUUUAGAUUUGGGUCUUUCAACAUCCCAUCGGUAGACUUUGGUGAGGACUUGCCCAGAGGAACAGUGGAGACACCACUAUCGAAGCAGGAGAAUUCAAUCUGGUACCUGUGAAAAGUACUCAAGCAAAUCUCGAGGCCACCUUAUGGUCCUUUUUUUAGAGGAGCACGGUCUCUGAAUUGUAAAUUCAUAAAGGAGGGUUUUCUUCACACUGGUCUGUGUUGAUCAGGUGAAAACUUCUUCCUUCCAUUGGUUGAUGGCAUCUUGGCUAUGUUCUGUAGGAACUUGUUUCUCUUUAGAAAUCAAAAUUAUAGUUGUAGGAUUUCUAGGGUUAUUGGUUGCCAGUUCAAAACAUGGUAGAAGAAAGUUGCAAUAACCUGAUUGCUCUGUCUCCUGAAAAUGUUCAGACUUACUGUUAUUGCUAAACUUUGUAAUAUAUAUAUAUGGAUUUCCAUCUGGUUCUGCUCC